CCGCUGGGGAAACGGGAGCGGCUGGCAGCUCCUCUGCAGCCCCCGGUCCCGGGGGGCGUGAAACCUGGGGGUCUCGUGGUGGACACCAGCAGCUCCUCUCGCUGUCUCUCUCCCUCCCCUACUCUCUCUCCCUCUCCAACGACUUUAAGAAAGCUAGCUGUGUGGCCCGUUCCGGUAGCCGAUUGAUUUGUAAAGGACACCGGCAGAGAAAAGGAUGUCUUUGGAUCUCCCCUCACCUGAAAAUAAAUUAACACGUUUCUGACCCAGGAGGGAGAAGCGCCCAGAGUCAGCCCCUAAGAAAGAAUGGCGAGGAGGCAGCGAAGCCUCCCAAAGAUGUGUGUUGUCCUCUUCUGUGCCCUUUUGAGAUGUCACCACUUGGUAGUGAGCUCAGGUGUUAGGAGGGGGACGGGGCUGACGUUUCCAUAUUUCUGGACCGAAAGGAUCUUCGGGGAUGCCUCUAAAAGGAUGUUCACUAAAGUAGAGAACUCCUGAUUUGAAAUAAUCUGUUCCGGCACAUGAACGGAGUUAACAACUUCAAUAUGGUUGUACACCACGGUGCUUGUCUUUGAAGUAAUACAAAACAGCCUAAACUAAGACAGAUUAAGAUAUGGCAUAAAACUGUUUAAAAGGACAAAUCUCCUUCGUAAAGGCUUCUCUUACGCUUUCGGAGAUGUGCCGAUGGAGAUCUGGCUGUUACUACCACAAACUGAUUAUAGUUUGAAGGGAGGAGACUGGGAGCCGCAGAACAGGAUUGUCUUUGGCCUCUUGUAACCUGGCUAGGGCAAGGGAUGCAGUUCUGUUCACACAUCUCUCUCACUGGGGUGAUCUGAAGAUACCUCCUAACAAAAAAGGUGUGCUGGGCUAUGCAGCUAUGAAGGGAGGGGUGGAAUGUGUUCCAUCCGUCUCAGUGAACCUCUGUUAAAGUUGAGACCAAGGAAGGAUCUCGUAGAGACCCUCUUGCAUGAAAUGAUACAUGCCUAUUUAUUUGUCACUAAUAAUGAUAAAGACCGGGAGGGCCACGGCCCAGAGUUUUGUAAACAUAUGCAUCGCAUCAAUCGCCUGACUGGAGCUAAUAUAACGGUGUACCAUACUUUCCACGACGAGGUGGAUGAGUACCGGCGACACUGGUGGCGCUGCAAUGGGCCUUGUCAGUACAAGAAACCCUACUACGGUUAUGUCAAACGCGCCACCAACAGGGCACCCUCUGUGCAUGACUACUGGUGGGCCGAGCACCAGAAGACCUGUGGCGGCACCUACAUCAAAAUCAAGGAACCAGAGAAUUACUCAAAAAAGGGCAAAGGAAAGACAAAAGUAGGAAAGCAGCCAACAGCAGCUGAAAAUAAAGAUAAAUCUAACAGAGGUGAGACCCAGCUGUUGAUCCCUUUCAGUGGGAAAGGAUAUGUUCUAGGAGAAACGAGCAACUCGCCUUCAUCGGGAAAGUUUGUCACUUCGUAUGCUAUUAAUAAAACCCAAGAUCUUUUAAGUCAAGACCAUUCGGCAAAAGCUCUCAGACCUAGUUCUAAAAUUGAGGUGAAAUUUGAACAGAAUGGUUCAAGUAAAAAAACUCCUCUAGUGUCCCCUAUUCUUACUGCCAGUCACCAAAAUGUUUUAAGCAACUACUUUCCUAGGGUCUCAGUUGCCAACCAAAAGACCUUCCGAAAUGUGAAUGGAUCUCCAACAAAAAGCCUAACAACCGGUGACAUCACUAAAAACUCCAUCUCUUCUGGAUCUCACAAAAGGGUCACCUCUUCUAAGAUAUCCCUGAGAAAUUCUUUAAAAGCACCGGAAUCAACAUCUGUGACUGCACCCCAGGAUGUGAGUGGGCCUGAGGAGAAACUCCCAAGUAAACGACCCAGGCUAGAAGACAAGACUGUUUCUGACAAUUUUUUUAUCAAGAAAGAGCAAGUACAAAGUGGUGGAAAUGAUCCAAAGUGGAGUUCACAUCCUACAGCUGCAACUCAGAAUUCCAGCAGUGCAUCCAGCCAGAACAGGAUGGUUGAUUGUCCUGUUUGUCAGAAUGAAGUGUUGGAGUCUCAGAUUAAUGAGCACUUGGACUGGUGCCUUGAAGGUGGUAGCAUCAAAGUCAAAAGUUGAAGAAGUCUUUGAAAGACAAAUGGGUGUCACAUGCCGCCUAUAUUACCCUGCUAACCUAGUGUCAGCCACUCAGGAAGUUCUGGUGAACAUGAAGAUUUGUAGGUUUUAAUGUAGUUCUAAUUUAUAGAUAUAUACAUGAGGUUGCAAUGGAAAAUAUUCUAUGUCGAAAGGUGCUAUAUUCACUUUUGCCUUGUGUAUCCUGUAGCUCAGAGUUUGUUCUGCAUGUGUACAUGUAUAGUUUUUAGAUACUUAUGUUCUUCCUUGCUCUUAAAUUGCAUUUAAAUCUGUUAAUCUUUUUAUUUAUAUACCUUUCCUCAAAAUACACCGGAAUCCUGACAGGUAUUUGGUUAAACUGAGUAUUUCUUUGUUAGUAUUAAAACUCAGUCCUAGAACUGAAGCUAAACAUGUCAGACAUUGGCCAAAAUUACAAUUCCGAGGACAAAGUAUAUCAGUUGUUGUAGGGUACUCAAAGUUUUUUGUUUUUUGGUUUCUUUUUUUUAAUCUCAGCAGGAAAUAUUUUUUAUACAUCUCCAAGAAUUUUAUUUCUGUCAUCACUAAAAGGUGGCAGCUGGUUUUAGGUUAAAGCAUAGAAGGAACAUAGUCAAAUAAACGUUUUAGACGACUACUCCUGCCAUCCUGUAGGCCAGAGUUGAGUGGUUUUCUCAAGAUGUAGCCAGAUGAGUGGUUCACCUGCCAAGGAGCUGGCGUAAGUCACAUCACAACAGCCUCUUUUAUGUUAACAGUGGAACACUGUCUGGAAACAGUAUUAUGAACCUUAAGCCAAAGUUGUAACCGUUACAAUAAAAAGGAAUACCAUUUGUGCAUUUUAAAAAGUAGAUUUCUUUUUAAAAACCUUCUUACUGUGUUGUGGCAGGGACCAAGAUCCUUUCAUCAGUUCACUUUCUCAUGGCUGUACCACUAGCAUGUUGGCCUGGUCCCAAGAGUUGAAUUCACAGGUUUUCUUUCUCCUGAGCUAUGUUGCGACAUGACCUCCACCUACCCGAGGUGCCAGCUCCUCUGUGUGAACUUGGCCUUGGUGCUCCUGGGCGACGGCUGCCUCGGGUCAGGGAGGGAACAGUGCACCUCCUGCAUUCGUGGUCCGCACGCUUCCUAGUCUGCAGCCACAACCCCUGAGGGUAAUCACUUUCUGUUAUGUCUCUGCCACCCUGGGGUGCUUGAGUGUGGUUUUAACUUCAUGAAGUACUACCCUGUUGCCACACUGUAGAAGUUCAUUCUAGGUCGUUGCUCUGAGUGUACAAAUACGCCAGGGUUUAUUCAGCCAUUCUAAUAUUAACGGGCAUCUGAAUUAUUUCCAACCGGGGGCUGGCUGUGACGGAGACUGCUGCUGAAAACAUGCUUCCUCGUUGCUGUUGGGCGUCCACCCAGGAUUGGAGUGCUGGCUCCCCAGGGUACGUGCAUGUGUAGCUUUAGUAAAUACUGCCAGCUUGCCCUCCUGCCAGCAAUGUAGGAGAGUUUCAGCUGUUCAGCUGUCUUCACAGUAUUAUCAGUCCUCUUCAAAUUUAGCUCAUCUGGUUGAGUGUUUACAAGUUUUGAUAACUUCUUAAAUAUGAAGUUGAAAAACAGUAUUUAGUAUUUAUAGAUAAAUGACCUAAAAUAUAUGCGAUUACAUCUUU